GAAGGGGAGAGAGAGAGAGGGAGACAUAGAGGGAGGGAAAAAAAGAGAACGAGAGAGAGAGAGAGAAAGAGAGAGAUCUAACAAGAUUCGCACUAGUGGGCUUUUUUUCCCUGAUGCUGUCCAAUUGCAGUACGAAACUAAGGUGAGUGUUUAAGCUGUGUGUGCCUGUCCAUGAAGUGUAUCAAGAGGGAAACCGUAUUAUGCAGAUGUGUGUGUAUGUGUUAUGUGUCUGCAUUGCCAUGGACUGCCAGCGCUCUCCGUACAUCAAGGAUAACGGAUCGUAGGGAUCCAUUUGACUGAUCAAUAGCCGUUUGUUCUUUAUUCACCGUUUCCCUGCCAAUGUCACGACGAAAGGCACGACUGCAUUAUGCUUGGCAUGCAUUUCAACAAGCGCUCUUGCUCUCUCCGCUGUAUUGACAGCAAUGCUAUUUUUGGGGGGAUUUCAGUGGACGAGAUCCUUGACCGGUUUGGAUAAACUGGAGCUUGUCAGAUGUCAUCGUUUCCCAAUAACUUAGUUUGAUAUAAAUCCAAGAUUAAUAGGUCGCAUUGACAUUGCCACUCACAGGGAGCAACACUUUUAAUUUAUGUAAGUAGCCAAAAGCUUGGUUUUGGAAUCCGUGGCUCAUUCGCAUGCAUAUCUCUUCCUCUCUCCCUCCUCAAUGCCCUACUCUCUCUCUCUCUCUUUCCGUCUCCCCUCUCUGAUUCCUCCUGUUCCUCUAACGGCUCGGUCACCUCCCGUUUCUUGUUCUCUUCCUCACAGCCCGGCAUCGGACGGUGAGCGGGACGCACUGGGCAAUAACAGAAACCAUCGCUGGAGGAUAUGUGAAGUUGGAAUCCCCGUAAACUAAUGCUGUGAAGUGGCUCUGUCCCUGGAGCCAAGACUUCAUCCCUUUGGUGUCAGCGAGGAUGCUGUGGGUUACCUUGCUGAGCACCAUAGCCUUAGGAUGGACCACCCCGAUGCCACUACUAGAGGACUCCGAGGAGAUCGACGAGCCCUGCUUCGAACCCUGCUACUGCGAGGUUAAAGAGGGAAUCUUCCAUGUCCACUGUGACAGUAAAGGAUUUACAAAUGUCAGCCAGAUCUCCCAGAUAUGGAGCAGGCCAUUCAAGCUCAACCUGCAGAGAAACUCCAUGAGGAAGCUUUACUUUAACAGCUUCCUCCAUCUCAACAACGCCAUAUCCAUUAACCUGGGUAAUAACGCCUUGCAAGAUAUCCACGCGGGAGCGUUCAAUGGCUUAGGAAUACUCAAACGGCUGUUCUUACAUGAAAACAAACUAGAAGUGUUCCGGAAUGACACUUUUCUGGGGUUGGAGAGUUUAGAGUAUCUCCAGGCGGACUACAAUGUUAUCAAACGGAUUGAAAGUGGUACGUUCAGGCAUCUUCACAAAUUGAGAGUGCUCAUACUGAAUGACAAUCUGAUCCCUGUGCUCCCAAAUUAUCUUUUCCGAUCUGUGUCACUCACACAUCUGGACCUAAGAGGAAACAGACUAAAGACAUUGCCGUACAAGGGCACACUGGAGUACGUUGGAAGGAGCUUAAUGGAAAUCCAGCUGGAGGAGAAUCCCUGGAACUGUAUCUGUGAGAUUGUCCAGUUAAAAACUUGGCUGGAGAGAAUUCCUUAUACAGCUUUGGUAGGUGAGAUCACAUGCGAGUACCCAUUCCACUUACAUGGGAAAGACUUACGGGAAAUCAAGCGCAGUGAGCUCUGUCCGCUGCUCUCAGAUGGGGAGAUUGAGGCCAAGCUCGGAAUUCCCCGGAUCCCAUUCAGCAAUGAGAACACAUGGCCUACUAAACCUUCCUCCAUGCUCUCGUCUUUUCACAACACAGCCUCUUCUGUGGAAUACAAGGACAGAGUUGUCAAGCCCACCAAACGACCUCGGCCCACAAAGAACCCUCCAACCCCUCGUAGCAUCUAUCCAGGCAUCAACCAGCCCCCUGUUGCUGGCUACCAAACAAGGCCUCCCAUCCCAAUAAUUUGUCCAGCUGGAUGUACUUGCAACCUUCACAUCAAUGACCUCGGGCUAACAGUGAACUGUAAAGAGAAAGGCUUUCACAACAUCUCUGAGCUCCUCCCACGGCCCCUCAAUGCCAAGAAAUUGUAUCUGAGUGGGAACCUAAUACAGAAAAUAUACCGAUCGGAUUUCUGGAACUUCUCAAGUUUGGAUUUACUGCAUUUAGGGAAUAAUCGGAUAUCCUACGUCCAAGAAGGCGCCUUUAUCAACCUGCCGAACUUGAAAAGUUUAUAUCUGAAUGGGAAUGACAUUGAGAGACUCACCCCUGGGAUGUUUCGGGGGCUUCAGAUGUUGAGUUAUCUUUACUUUGAGUAUAAUGUCAUACGUGAGAUACAACCUAACUCCUUCUCCCUAAUGCCAAACCUCCAGCUGGUUUUCCUCAAUGACAACCUGUUACGCUCCCUUCCCAAUGACGCUUUUGCUGGCACCAAUCUUGCACGCCUCAACCUCCGAAACAACUACUUCCUUUCCAUGCCUGUGCGUGGUGUUCUGCAGCAUCUGACCUCCAUUGUCCAGAUUGAUCUCCAUCAGAACCCCUGGGACUGCUCUUGUGAUAUCAUCCCCCUCAAGCAUUGGCUGGAAAAGCUCUCCUCUGUCAUUGUGGUUGGAGAUGUCAUGUGCAAGACACCCGAAUUUGUGUUUGGGAAGGACCUGCGUUUACUGGAGGUCGAAGUCAUCUGUCCUGAGCUCAAGUACCCUUCAGGCCCCUCCCCGGCCCUGCCUGGUAUGGAUGACUUCACCACAGGGAGCUCUGACAUGGGGGAGGCAGGUGGGAGAGGGGCUGUCCCACUGUCUGUCCUCAUUCUCAGCCUACUCAUCCUCUUCAUAUCUGCUGUGUUUGUUGCUGCCGGGCUUUUCGCCUUUGUUCUUCGUCGCAGGAAGAACCUUCCUUUCCGGAAACGUUCUGAGGUAGAUCUGACGGGGAUCCAAAUGCAAUGCAGGAUUUUCGAAGACCCACCGAGGCAGAGCACUGCUGGUAACACUGGCACACCAGAGAAACCGACACCCAGUAUGCACAGUAUGCACACACACACCCACACUAGUCACACUCAUGCCCAUGGUCACGUUUAUGAUUACAUUCCCCAUCCAGUGACGCAGAUGUGUAACAACCCCAUCUAUAAACCUAGAGAAGGAGAGAUAGCAGUGGAAGACAGACUGCAGUUUUCAGAGAAGAAAGACAAUGGCAGCAGUAGCAACAGUAACUACAGAACCUUAUUAGAGAAAGAGAGAGAGUGGACCCUGGCCGUCUCCAACUCUCAACUCAACACUAUCGUCACAGUUAACCACUCCACGGCUGACAUGGCAGGAUUUCAUGAGAACGGAGGGCUCUGCCCUACAGUAAUUGACAGUCAGAGGCCCACACCAACAGUGGGCUUUGUAGACUGUUUGUAUGGGACAGUACCCAAACUAAAGGACAUGCAUGUGGCGCAUGCGCACCCACCAGGCAUGCAGUACCCGGAUCUGCAGCAGGAUGCACGGCUGAAGGAGACAUUGCUUUUCACGGCGGGGAAAGGCUGCUACCCCGACCCGUCCCAAAGCGAUUACCUCGAGUUAAGGGCCAAACUUCAAACCAAGCCGGAUUACCUCGAAGUCUUGGAAAAAUCGUACCGGUUUUAACAUCUCUAUCCCAUGGAGAAAAAAAACAAAACACAAAAUCAAAACAUUUGCCACCCUGAAGACAAAAAUCACCCCAAACCAAUAUAACAGAAAACAAACUUACGAGAGCAGCAUGAUAUAAAAUAAAAUAUUAUAUUACAGUUACAGUUACAACAAAGUUUCCCCCCAAAAUCACUUUGGAGGAGAGGCCAUUCUCAGAUAUUUCAAUGAAGUGCCUUUUUUUCAGAGUAGCCAGCAAUGUCAACAGCCGUUAUUUUUAUAAUAUAUAAAUAUCUCUAUAUGCCCAAGAAAGAGCAAAAGAGGAAUGAGAGGGGCACCGGGGAAUAAAACAUAUAAAACAUCCUAAAAUACAUCCGUCACUAUAACCCUUUUUCAUGGAGUUACCAUGAUGCUCAAGAAGCACGGGAGCUGGACGUCUCCCUGACUUUGGGGUUUCUUGCUGUACUCUUUAACCCCUGACUAGGAUGUACAAACACCCGGAGGCCGUGCACAUGAAGUUUGUAGGAAAUGAUCGAAAGAGAGAGAAAAAAAUACAUAUAUUAAAAUGAACUGCAGUUUGCUGCAUGCACUCGCUUCAGUGCAGGAAGCGAGGGGAUUUACUCAGACUAUCACAUCACAUUAUGAACAGAGAUACUGCAACACAUUUACAGUUCAGUGUUCUAUUUAAUUUUUAUAUCUUAUUAAUAUGGUUAUUACUAUUGAUGAGGACUUCUGUCUAUAUCAGGGUGCUUCUCGUAAAAAAAGGAUGCGCCGACGCACGGAUGGUAAAACAUUUGUGAAUAUUAUUAUAAGACAACGCUCAAGGUUUUCUGGAUAUUUCCACGCACUUUGUUGACACCCCAUUGCUUCUGGAUUCCCAUCGUCACCCACUAACGGCUUUGUAGGAGGCACUUUUAAUGUUUUCUCUCUCACAAAGAUUUGAAGAAAAAUGUGCAUAUAUUUAUUCUGUAAUUUCAGUGAAGACUUUAAUUGUAAAGGUAAUGUUAAAUCAAUGUAUAGUGAUUAUGCGUCUGGUAUAGCCUUCUUAAUAAAAACAAACUCUUCAAUCAAAUGAUGAAAGGGUUGAUGCCACGGGAACCUGUGUGUGGAGCACUAUUGACACGCUGUGUAUUUGGUGUCUUGUUAAUGGCAUGGAGGCGCUGUGGCCGACCAUCAUGAGGUAAUGCUGCUGGAAAUGAGAGAAUAGCUGCUGGACCAACAGAGUGCUAGACAGGAUGUUGUAGAGGGCAAUAACAUUUAAAUCGAAUUCAACUGCUUUUUAUUUUUGGAUUAGUCCCAGAUUAAUUUAAUUCAUAGGGAAAGGGUCAACUAAACAAUGUGUUUUGUUUUAUUUUCUGGAAAAUAUAACCUUCUGUUUUUUGGUACUUUGUCCUAUGAUCCUAACCUGCUGGAUGUCACAGUGUGCUAUCUUUUUUUGCCACUAUAUUACUUGUUCUAGCUGGAUGUGAUGAAGGUAGAAGAACAAUUCAAGUCAAUUUAGCUGGUUUUGAAGUCGAUGAUUUGACUGGAUAUACCAAAUCAGUGCGGCGCGCUGCAAUUUUAAUUAACCUAACGGGUAUUGCUGAUGAAGGCCAAUAAGCAGUAAUUGAGAAAACAUGAUUGGGUGUUGCUCUUUGAAUUUGCAGACCCAAUUUCUGACUCCUUCCAUAGUAGCGAUGCCGAUUUAUUCCACUGGAGGGCGAUAAAAAGGCUUUCAGAUUCAUUGGGCGUUUAGUAGAUUGGAUGGUUUUUAAUGUAAUGCACAAAAUGUUUAUCUUAAGAAAUCAGUCAUAAGUCUCAUUAUGUAUGAACUAUUUUGAAAAUAUCUAUACGUAAAAAAAAAAACUACAAGUGGCAUAAUAAUUUGAUCCAUUCCAGCACAGUUUCAUCCGUUUCAUGCUUUCUUUUUUCUUGCUUUAUUUCAACCAUUUGACUUGAAAAUGGCAAAAUAAAAAAACUCUGUUGCAUCAACAAAAUUAAGCAGCAUUUUUUUUUUGAAAGAAAACAAUCUUGAAAUAGUUGACCAUCACUUUUUGUAUUGUUGAUUCAUUGUUAUUUUUGCACUGACAUCCCGAACGGUAAAUUAACCCUCAGUAGUCUCUACCGCAGCAAAUAAUAAUUGUUUAACUUUUUUGCUGUGAUUUUUGAUAUUUGAUAUUUCCAUAUCCAAGCCGCAUUCAUUCUUGGGACCAAAUAGUAGAUGUAGACAAAAAGCAAGGUAGAAGCUGCGGAGUAAAUAUGGUAUUACAGUUCACAUCAUCAUAGUGCUUUUCCUUUUUCUCUUUCUGAAGUGAAUUUUUUUUAUUUGGGAAAAAUAUGAUGCAAAUCUUGAUGUCUAUACAUUUGUGAAUAUCUAUGGAAAGGAGGGUGCAUUUAUGUUUUGUUUUAAAAUGGGCAUGUCAUGCCUUUUACUUGGUUUAAGAGUGAUGAUCCUCCGUUGCAAUUGGGUCUCAUGGUUUCUUAUGUGUGUCAACUUACACAAAAUGGAAGACAUGUAGCAAACCACAUACUUCCCUGUUAAAUGGGAAGGCCCUUAGCUAUAGUUUAGAGCUGUCAUCACCAGUAAGGAACCAGUCUACAAGCUUGCAUAAUAUGAAACAUUUUACCGUGUGUUGUAUUCAUUGUUUAGUUUCUUUGACAAUUAUUGUUGCUCAAAUGAGUGGAGGUCAUCUUCAUAUAAAGCCUUUGUAAGCAUGGUAGCAUUACAUCGAGACUCCGUUUCCUACUCGCAGAAAGUUUCACAAUGCUGUACCCCUAUGUUCUGCUGCCCCACCUCAUUGCUCUGCUCCUUUGUUUAUUUUAUCACUAAUGCGCACACACACACACACACACACACACACACACACACACACACACACACACACACAGGCAUCUUCACACGCACACACAAACAUGUUCCGCCUUCCUUUUUUCCUGACCAAGAGGUUAGACUAUAUGGUCAGCGUUUUAAGUGUGCACUCAGUUUGAUUAAAAACAUAAUGCAUUACUAUGUUAAGCCCAGCCCUCACCAUUACCCCCCCCCCCCCCCCAACUGAAUUAAUAAAUAAAGUUUUGGGAUCAUUGAUGAUUUUUGCUAUAGUCCCAUAUCUUGGUAACCGUUUUUAUCCUUCACUCCUGUCACCAACCCACCAUUAUAUUUCAUAAAUGAGUGCUGGGCUUUGUCCCAUUAUACCAUGCUGAGUGGUUUCAUCCCAAUAAAUCCUCUUGUUAUCCUGCACUAAUAUCUCCAAGUGAUUUCAUACUUUGGUGGAAUAUUAGACAAUGGCCACCAAUAGGAUUGAAGGUUGGCUAAAUGUUUCUUUUGUGUGUGAAAUGUAAACAUUCACUGCUUGUUUGACUCUCUCUCUAUUCAGUCAGUGGUGUUAGAAUGUUCACAGUGGAGUUAACCUUUCCUUCAACAUCUCUCUUGAGGUUUGUGCGUUGGCAAGACUUCAAGACGGAAAAUGCAGUGUGUGCCUCUCCGUCCUUGGCUUUGUCCGUGUCCCUACGACUUUUUUUUUCUUUUCAUGUCUCUCUCUUUCUCUCUUUUGUCUACUCGUGUCUUCCUUUCUAUUCUCAUGCUGAGUUUGUAUUGUGAUCUAUUUAAUUUCACUCUUGAACAGGUCUGUGGCUGGCUACACAGCUUCCUUUAUUCCUAGGUCUGGCAUCAUUAUUUUGUUCUCGUUAGUAUAGGUUUUCCAAUUUAACCAGCUUCAAACACAGGCUGGUUGAAGGAGAAACUAUUUGUAGAUGUUUGGAGUCUUUGGAGUGGUAAAGGUUAUAUGUAUCUCCAUUUUGAUUCCUUCAGACUGUCUUCUAACUUCUGUGGAAACAAAAUGUCUGCCAUGGCUAUCUUGCACACUCUUGAUCCUUUGAUUCUUGCAUUAUUUGAAUAGAAUACACUUUAAUGACCUUUGUCAUGCAUCAACCUACUUUAUUAAUUACUUAAUAAUACAUUCUGUGGUGGGUUGAUGGUGGUUGGUUGAUAAUAAGUCACUAUGCUGUAAAUGUUCUGCAAAGCUUUUGUCUGGAGGUAGCUUUGCUCGAAGUUAAAUUAUUAAAAAAAGCGUGGCACACUUUCCUUCAGGCCUUUAUCUAAAAGUCUUAUUAGAACAUAAUGCAGAAAUAAUUCAGCAAUGCAUGCCUAUUAAAACAAAUGUAAUGACACAUAAUUCUAUAUCAAUUGGUUGAUUUAAACCUUAACCAUGACAUAGCUGUUUCAAAUUAGCUUGUUUUAGAGAUGUGAGAUACCAUAAGCCUAUCAGAAGAGCUUCAGUAGGCUCUCACACCAGCUCAGGAUUCACUCUAGCCAUUCGCUAGAAGUAAAUAUAAGUGCAUGUAUUUCAUGAUGAGUUGAGGCAUCGCCUGACAGUGACCGUUUGUAUUACCCUUAACGUUUGAGGUGGUGCCCACUAAUGUUUCAUACAUUUUUCUCCUCUCCUCUUUUUGCUCAGGAUAUUUUUGGGCCUCUGGUUGCUGUUUUGCUGCUACGUGCCUGCACUGCAUAGUGAAAGAGGGGUGCUGUCAAUUGUCAGUGCACCUAGGUGUGUCUGUUUGUGUGCAUGCUUGUGUACGUUUGUGUAAUGAGAGAGAGAGAGAGAAUGCCAGAUGGACAGAUAAACAGAUAUAUCUGUCAUUGAGGUGGCUACAUUUCCGCCAUGCGUUUCUGUUCUCUUGUUUGUCUCCGCUCUAUCAGUAUAUGUUUGUUGAUGGGUAUUUGAGAGUCUUAAUUAGCCCAGAUUUGAUUUUGAAUGGCAGCACGGCAUGAAUAGCAAGAGGAAUAAAACAAAUGGGAGGAAGAGAUCAGUUUGAGAGCGAUAUUGAUGGGAGGGAGAGCACAGACAAGCGGCUUAGGGAAGGGUGAGAGAACAUGGAGUUGUCAGUAGAGGAUUGUGAAGGAUGUGCCACUUAGAGAAAGUAGGGAUUCUUUGUGCCCUUUUAUCGCUGAAAGAAUCCAUAAUAGUCCAAUUACCAAAAACUGAGAGUCCAAAGCAGAGAGAGAGCAUGUUAUGAAGGCACUGAGAGAGGGUUGUGACCACUUCUAUUUGGCAUUAUAUGUACGCGUGCAUGUGUGUAGCUGGUGUGUGAUAUGCUUUCUCCGUUUGGGAAACAGGGAAUUAUCUCCAGUGUGCUGAAAAAGCCAAUCUGUCUCUGACCAUGGUGCUGAAGUUGCAGUUUACUGCAGGUGCGGCAUACAGAAAGGCACGUUCCACUUUCUGUGCAUGUGUGUCUGUUUGUGUGUGUUGGCAAAUGUGGGGAAGGCCUGUGAGUGUGUGUGCGUGAGGAAGGCCCGUGAGUGUGUGUGUGUGUGUGUGUAAGAGUUUAUUUGAGUUAUGUGUGAUUAUACUGAUGGCUCAACUAACUUUUGGUUUUCUUUGUGGUGUCAUAAAGUGUUGUGUAUAUAUCUUGUGCAAAGACAGGAGUGCAGUUUUUCCUGUUAUAUGCAGGCACCACAUUUGCUAUUGAUGCUGUACUGAAUACUGCAUCAAUUUGACGACGUGGACCAUGUCAACUGAGGUUAAUUCUGACUGUCAUUUGACAGAUUCCCCACACUUCAGCCUAGGUGUUACUAAAAUGAUGCUGCACUCAAUUAAAACAGGCACAAAUGGUUAUAGUCUUCAACUACAGAGAACCCCAAAAGAGAUGAGAACCACUCUAACUUGUACACUUUUGUAAGUCCUGAGAUCAUGAAAAAGCCUUCAACACAUCACUCCACAGUGCUGCAGUGCAGGAGCUCGACUGACCCAGUAUGUUGAAAAAAGGAGGUGGAGGGAGAGGAGAAAGAGAGAGAAAGGGGGGUGCAGAGGGAGAGCGAGAGUAAAAGAGAGAAAGGGCGAUUCUCAACCCUCUGCUACUUCUGCCUCCGUCUGCACUGUAAAGCUCUGCAUUCGUAUUGUUUGCCUUGUGAAUUUUGGGUCCCUGGAGAUUGUGGCCCUCUCUCCUGUCUAAAAAAAAUACUGCAAGUUUGUGAAAAGUUGCAGUCAUUUGUGCUGCUCAGCAGUGCGCUACAUACCUUGCUCUUGUAUAUACGAAAGAUUAGCAAUUUGUGUCAUUAUCACUCAUUUCAGGAAAGGGGAGAGGGAGGAGGAGAGGCAUGAUUUCAUCAAAUAAAAUAUGGAGCAUUGUGUCCCUUGCUGGUGUUCUGAAUAGACCAUCUGUCUUUGUUCCGCAGUGUGGGCCCUACUUUGUGCUUUAGGAUGGCCAGUAGUGAAUUUUAUAAAGAUUUCUUUCAUUCUAUUCCUUCUUCUGUUUCUUUGUAUCUUUUUUUUCUUUUUCACAUUUGAACAAAGUCAAUCAUCUGUUUCCUCCUAUGACUCUUAAUCUCAUGUUUCUCCUUUUUCUUCUUUUUUUCAACAUUCACACUUGUGUCUUUCUCUAUCCAUUAUAGUGCACAGAUCUCCAUCAGUACAUCUUUCCCAUCCAUGUAUCUCUUAUUUAGUACACACAAAAAACAAACUGUUGACUUGGCGACCUUGCUGCUACUCUGUGGGUUGUGCACGGCAGGCUAAUAUCCCACUGACACCAGUUUAGUUCAGUCAUGUAAUUUGUACUUUUCUUUAGCGGACAUGGUACAACUGCUUUUGCAGCUAGUUUCCAGUAAGGCGACUGUAUGUAUUUAUGCGUGUGUGUGUGUGUACGCGCCCAUCUGUCUGGUUGCGUUACCACGGUGCGUUGCUUUUUAGAGAGUGCUCCAUCACAUCUACAAGUGACCUGAGAGAAUGAGCCAAACUGGUUGUAAUAACAGUCUGAUAACUGAGUAACACAAUAAACCAAUCUUUUUUUAUUUCCAAGAUAUCGAGUGCCUGCUGUUAAAAGGUGGCUAUUUAUUUUAUUGCUGGCAACAUAAAAGUACCGUUUUGAGGAUGAGCAUACUGAAUGGUGAGACUGAUUGCUUUACAGUUACUAGAUACAGGCUUAAACAUUUAAACUUCUUUUUUUAGAGAAAAUUAAGCUCAAGAUAAAAGAGGCUGAGGUCUCUUUUGUGCCUGCGUGUAGUGGUUUGACUUUCAGCUGCUCUACUAGGAUUGUGAAUGGUUUAGUUGGCCAAGGCCAUGUGCCGGUGGCUGGUGUAGCUUAUGUGCGUGCUUGUUUCAAGUAUAUAAUGCUUCUUACGUAAAAACAGCUUUCGGGG